AUGGCCAAAAUGGAAGCUAUGCUUACAAGCCUUGGCAAGGGAUUUGAAGACAUGAAGAAAUUCAAAGAAGAAGUGAGAUGGAGUAUAAAAAGCCGAGGAGAGGUUAUUAAGAAUCUCAAAUCUCAAGUAGGACAUCUUUCACAGCAGAUUCCAAAGUCCACUGAUAGUUUUCCAAGUGACACUGAGAAAAAUCCAAGAGGGGAAAUAAAGAAGGUGAGAUGGGAAGAACGUAAGGCAUUUAUUCUUGCAAAUGAAGAAAUGCUGGAAGAAGAUACCAGUAAGCCAACAGAGCACAGCCAAGGAAGUUCCGAGAACAUCUUAGAGAGAAAGGAACAAGAAACUGGAUCUGUACAAAGAAAAGAAUCAACAGGGAAGGAAAUUCAGAAAUCCUAUGUGCCAAGAGCACCAUUUCCUCAGAGACUCCUGGGAGGUGAGAAAGAAAGGUCAUAUUCAAGAUUCCUAGAUAUGUUUGCAUCUUUCAGUGUCAACAUUCCCUUUAUCAAAACUCCCCAACAGAAGCCUACAUACAUCAAGUGCAUGAAAGAGCUGCUGAACAAGAAAGGAACUUUAAAAGGGGGACAAACAGUGGCAAUGAACAAGGAAUGUAGUGCCAUCAUCAAGAAGGACGUGCUUCUGAAGAAAAAAGAUCCAGGGAGCUUUCAUAUUCCCUGUAAGUUGCAAAUCAAUGAGUUGAGAUCCAUGGAUGUGAUGAUACAAUUGGAUAAUAAAACUCAGAAGCAGGCUGAAGGAGUAGUUGAAAAUGUGUUGGUGAAAGUGGGAAAUUACUUCCUCCCUAUAGACUUUGUUGUUCUAGACAUGGAUGAAAGUUACCUCCAUCCCAUUAUUCUGUGGAGACCGUUUCUAGCUACUGGUCGAGCACUCAUUGAUGUAGAACAAGGAGAGUUGAUACUGAGAAUACAUGAUGAGCAGCUUACUUUCCAUACUUUCAAACCUACAUCUGAGUCUGAACCAAAACUUAAAGAGCCAAAGGAUUAUCACAAUAACAUGUGCACAAAGGAAAGCAACAGCAUUUCGGUAGCUGAAACCCUGAAAUAG